UACAUUGGUGAGACAAUAUCCACAAGAGGAGUUACCCGGUGAUGCUAACAUGCGUGAGUCUAUAUUAUGUCUUAUUUGUCUUGUCUUAUUCUCUGAUUAUGUCUACUAUAUUAGGUAGUAUGAGUGUAAAGGUGAAUAUAGGGGUGUUAUUUCAUGUCUAGAGGGCUCUAAUAAUGUACUUAGAAGGUUGUAAACAGGUUUUCUGUGCUCUAUUUACGAAGAUAUUCCAUUUAUAAAUAAGGAAUCAUACUUUGCGCAAAUUCCCUUACCACGGUCGGGUCUGGAAAAGAUUAACCUCCGUGAAUGAGGGAUUGGAAAACAGACAAAUAAUGAUUGCAAAAUAGUAUCCUGAAUUCAGAUGUGACUUCAGUUGCUGCGGGUCUGCCUCAAAACCGCUUUUCUUUCCGCCUGUCCAGUCAAUCCCACGCUUACACACACACACACACACACACACACACACAGGCGGUUGAUUCCGGUGGUGGAGUCACACUAGUCGGGUCUUUUAUUUAGUAAAGCUGCAGGUUGGGAAGCCGUGCUGCGGAAUAAUAAUGUGGUGGUUUGUGAAGGCUGCGCUGGUCAUGUUGUUCCUGUCAAGUCUAACAAGAUGUGAAAAAGGGAGGAGGAAAGGACGCAAAGAUGACAGCCAUGGUGUCGUUGCAAAGGGAAAAAGCCCUGUGUGCCAAGUGGAGAUCAUGUUCGUUGUGGACGGUUCAGAGAAAGCCAAAGCUCUGCUGUUUGAGCGACAGAAAGAUUUCAUCCUGCGAUUCAGCGCCAAACUUCUGCAGCUCCACUUGGUCGGGUGGAUCGUGAAGCUGCGGCUGGCCACUCUACAGUACAGCAACAGCGUGGUCGUGGAGCACAACUUCAGGGACUGGCAAGACCUGGACGUCUUUCAGAGCAGAGUGGCCUCCAUGACUUUCAUCGGCCACGGUACCUACUCUGCCUUUGCCAUUACUAACGCCACCCGGGUGUUCAGCCGUGAGACAAGCUCCACUAGCCUGAGGGUGCUGCUGUUCAUGACUGACGGAAUGGACCACCCCCGGAGCCCCAGUGCCGUGAUGGCUGCUGCCGAAGCCAAACAGCACAACAUCCGAGUGUUCGCCAUCCGUCUCUCCGAGCUGGACACAAACGAUCCCAUUGGUGUGAAGCUGCACUUCAUCGCUAGCGCUCCCCAGCAGCAGUACGUCUUUAGUCUGACAGACAGUCAUUUGGACCAAAGACUCUUCAAUCAACUGCAAACCAUUGUAAAUACCGGGUGCCCGCAUCCAAAGCGCUGCUUGUGUGAGAGGGGAAACCCUGGAAACCCAGGGAGGCCGGGCAAGCCAGGCUCUAGUGGCGCUCCAGGUCCAAAGGGGUCUCUUGGGGAGUCUGGCAUGAAUGGACACCCAGGGUUGGCAGGCCUUCAUGGUCACCCUGGCAGUAAAGGUGAAAAGGGCCAACAUGGGGAAUGUGGUCCUGCUGGAAAAAAAGGAGAAAAAGGUACCAUAGGAUCUUCUGGCCCAAGGGGUCCAAAAGGAGAGAAGGGAGCCCACGGAGCAGCUGGAGACCAAGGCCCAGAGGGUCCAUCUGGGUCUAAAGGUGACAGAGGACCAAGAGGUGCAACUGGACCUCCAGGAGAUAACGGUGUUGGGUUUCCUGGUCCAAAGGGUGACAAAGGGAACCAAGGAAAAGCAGGUCAACCUGGACUACGUGGCAUAGGUGAACCAGGAGUGCCUGGUCCACCAGGGCCACCAGGGAUACAAGGAUAUCACGGACUUCAGGGAGAAGGUCUGCCAGGGCCCAAGGGUGACAUAGGAUAUGGGGGCCCCAAAGGCAGUCGAGGGCCCCCAGGACCUGGUUACAAAGGCGAUAAGGGAAUCUCGGGGGCACCCGGGCUGCCAGGUGUGAUGGGGUUAGCAGGAGCAGGUCUCCAAGGAGACAAGGGAAAUGUAGGACCAGCUGGGCCUUCUGGUCUACGAGGACCUCCUGGGUUGGGUAUUGUUGGGCCUAAGGGUGACCGUGGUUUUCCUGGGGAGGCUGGACUACAGGGAGAGAGGGGUAUAUGUGAGCAAGGACCAAAAGGGGAGCCAGGGCCACAUGGUCCAAUGGGGCUUCCUGGAAUUCCCGGGAAAGACGGAGCUGUUGGGUCAAAGGGAGCGAUGGGGUUACCAGGUCCACGAGGUCAAGAAGGAGGACAAGGAAAAGGCAUCCCUGGGGAGAAGGGUGAUCGAGGGGAUCUUGGGCUACAGGGACUCCCAGGAUCUCCAGGCACAGGUGGACCCACGGGAGCUAAGGGAGAAACUGGCAGCCCAGGAAUGGUGGGCCGACCCGGAACACCCGGGCGGGGUCUACCCGGACCAAAGGGAGAUCUUGGACCUGCAGGGCCUACUGGACCUAUUGGAGAACCUGGAAUGGGGACUAUUGGACCCAAGGGAAGCAAAGGGAUUCCUGGUCCUGCCGGGCCACCGGGAAUGAAGGGUGAUAGUUUUUCAGGACCACAGGGGCUACCUGGUUUACCUGGAGUUCAAGGAGAGAUUGGCCCUGAAGGGAAAGGACUACCCGGGCUUAAGGGCAGUAGAGGCUUACCAGGGGUCUCAGGGCCAUCGGGUCCCCCGGGAAUUGGACUGAUUGGACCAAAGGGCUCUCCAGGGCAAUCCGGUCCAUCAGGUCCGAUUGGGCCUCCAGGAGAGGGCAUUCGAGGACCAAAGGGAGAACCUGGCUUUCAAGGCACUGUGGGUCCACGUGGCGCACCAGGUGAUGGUAUUCCCGGAGAAAAGGGAAAUAGAGGCAUCCUUGGUGAAAGAGGGAGGAAAGGAGAUAAGGGUGACUAUGGUGCACCUGGAUAUACAGGACUUAUGGGGAGACCUGGUGAAAAGGGUGAACCAGGACUGACUAGAGAAGAGGUUGUCCGAAUCAUACAGGAAAUCUGUGGUCUGGGAGGCAGGGUAGCGGAUCACGUUUGCAAUCAGGAUGACACACAGGUGUUACUGUCAAACGCCAUCUCACCACCUGAGCAUCGCCACCAGGAGGGUCCUGUUGACAGGUUACCACAGAAGCCUGAAGGUGAAGAAGCUGAAGAUGUGAAGAUGUGGCAGCCGCCACCACCAGACAACAAGGCAGACGCUCAUCAUGGUGGAAGGGAACACGGCCCGGCGACCACCACUGUGCUGCCUUCAACACAACACCCGCAUGAAGACAUAAACCGGCCUCUUCAAGGCCCGACACGCUCACCUGUGGCAGGUGGGAGCUGCCAUCUGCCUCUGGACCCGGGUCCCUGUCGGCGGUACGUCGCCAGGUGGUACUACGACUCGCAGGCCAAUGCUUGCGCCCGCUUCUGGUAUGGCGGUUGUCAGGGCAACAGCAACAACUUUGAGACAGAAGAGAGCUGUGGGAUUUCCUGUGUGGUCACAUGACUGUCCAGCAGUGCGGAGCCAUCUUUUCUUUUCGUCCCAACCUCAGGCGAGCUUAUGAAAAGGGGCGAAGACGAUGAGCUCAUCCUUACUCAGGCUGUAUGUAGAUGUCUUUUUGGGUGAAUUGUUUGUAAACAUAGAAAACACAUUAAAUGACAUAUUCAAUGCAGUAUCACUUCUGAAAAUGCAUUUUAAAUUAGAGCCACUUCGCGCUUUGAAUUUUGCGGGCCGUUUUUUGAAAUUAUAAAAUAAAUCACUCGUUUCGGGGCUGAUUACAGCCUAUAAAUAUGUAUAUUCAAGCAAAUUUAAUGUAUUUUUGGCCUAAAUUAAGCGUUUUCAAGCAUAAAAUGGCCAAAUGAACGAAAAUACAAAUAUAAGGCAUUCAAAAGAUGCAUUCAAAGGCGUUGGGAUGAUCUGUAGUAUUCGACACUGGUCAGUAGGUGUCAGUAAUGUUACAUUGAGACAAUAGCCGCCACAGGAAGUACUGUACACAACAGAUAGUAACAACAAGGAACUCUCCAAAUGUUAACAUCCGAGUCUUAUGUACAUAUAUGCCUUAUGUCUACUGCAUUGGGUAACAAAAACAAAGAUGCAGUUUUUUCUUGAAAUAAAUAUAACUUCUUAGCAUAUCUACAUGUGUUGCUUUACAAAAUAUCAAAGUAGCAAAGUUGCAUCCUUACAUUUUUCGCUAUGUGGCCCUGGCUGGAAGAAGCUUGGACACCCCUGGUGUAAUGUAUCUUAAUAGUCUCUCAUUCCGUUCAGCUCCGUUCAGUUAAACUGGUUUCGGGAGGACCAUAAAUCCCUAUCAGCAAAUUCCAUCCUCCUGUUGUGUCAAAAACCUGCACCAUCUACCUGUACAUUUAACGUUCUAUUAAAGCAUUUUAUUCACAGGCCUCGACUCCGUUCUAAUAAUUCCAAUUCAAAGAUUCAUAGGAUUAAACCUGUAUAUAUAGCCGUAUGGCCGCAGGUGGUAUGUCAGGUACUCCAAUACGUACAGUUGAACAUCAUAUACGUAGUGGAAGGACACAGCGAAAUCCGAACAGCAAUCUGGACCCUGCGGAAAGAAAGAACAUGCAUAAUUGAUGCAUGAUUUGCCCAGUCAGUCAGGAAAACAUUUGAAUUUAAUGGCAAUAUUAUUUAAAAAAUGUAUUAUAUACCAGUGAAGUCAGUGGUAAAGCAAUAAGGAGCAAGAGCAUGCUUUCUCACACUAGUUCUUGUGAUGCUUAUCUGAUUAGAUAGCGGCAGGAUAUUGCUUUGGAGCAACCCUAUUGUCAACGUUGUGAUAAAAACAACCGCAGAUCAACUCUUCUUUCCCCUUCCUGCCCGAGCUAUGUCACAGGCUUCCCUGACCCGUCAGGUUUCACUGAAUACCCGAGGAAGUCUUGACUUUCACUCACGGGUACCUGAGAAAGACUCGGGUUUCACUGUCCCACGAGUGCUCGCAGCAGACUCGAGUUUCACUGACUCACGGGUACUUGACAGGACUCACACUACACUGACUCACAUGGGUUGUCAUCAGUAAUUAGUUACUUUCCUGAGAAAAGUACAGUAAAUUGCAGACGAUAAGCUGCUACUUUUUUCCCACACGCUUCAGGUCAGGACUUUGACUAGACCACUCCAAAGUCUUCAUUUACUUUUUCUUCAGCCAUUCAGAGGUGGACUUGCUGGUGUGUUUUGGAUCAUUGUCCUGCUGCAGAACCCAAGUUGGUUUCAGCUUGAGGUCACCAGCAGAUGGCCGGACAUUCUCCUUCAGGAUUUUUUGGUAGACAGCAAAAUUCAUGGUUCCAUUUAUCACAGUCUUCCAGGUCCUGAAGCAGCAAAACAGCCCCAGACCAUCACACUACCACCACCAUAUUUUCUGCUGGUAUGAUGUUCUUUUUCUGCAAUGCGACGUUACUUUUAGGCCAGAUGUAAUGGGACACACACCUUCCAAAAAAUAAAACUUUUGUCUCGUCAGACAACAGAGUAUUUUCACAAAGGUCUUGGGGAUCAUCAUGAUACUUUCUGGCAAAAUUUAAACAAGCCUUAAUGUUCUUUUUGUUCAGCAGCGGGUUUUGGUCUUGGAACUGUGCCAUGCACAGCGUGUUUCUUUAGGUGGAGUCAUGAACACUGAGGCAAGUGAGGCCUGCAGUUGUUAAUGUUGCUGGGGGGUCUUUUGUGACUGCUUGGAUGAGUCGUCGCUGCGCUCUUGGGGUAAUUUUGGUUGGCCGGCCACUCCUGAGAAGGUUCACCACUGUUCCAUGUUUUCAUCAUUUGUGGAUAAUGGCUCUCACUGUGGUUCGCUGGAGUCCCAAAGCUUGAUAAAUAGCUUUGUAAAUUUUGUGUUUAGUUGUGUUGUCAUUGACUAUUUAAAUUUGUUUGAUGAUCUGAAACAUUUAAGUGUGACAAACAUGAAAAAAAAAAAAAAUCAGGAAUGGGGCAAACACUUACAUACAAUAUCAAGCCUCAUGCAGCAAUCGUGUUUUGAUCUGACAAAUCGUAACCAAGUUUGAUCAAGUGUAGAAUUACUACAGCUCCUGCUUGGACUGCAGCAUCUUUUGAACUUCGAUGAAAAAAAAAAAGCGUCUCACUUAUCGGAGCUAAUGAUUGAUGCUGAGAACACCGAGUGUAGGUAGGAUUGCAAGGUUUAUAAUGUGUCUUUCUGUGUAAAUAUCCCAUGUUACGACUUGAACACCUGCCGCUUAUAGACAGGACCACAUCACCUGCAAAAAGCAAAUAUCCAAUCCUGGAGCCACCAAACCGAAUCCCUUUAAAGCCCCCGACUGCUCCGAAAAUUCUGUCCAUAAAAAGUAAUGAACAGAAUCGCUGACAAAAGGGCAGCUGUGGCGGAGUCCAACCCUCACUGGAAACGAGUCUGACUUGUUGCCGGCCAUUUUUGUGCUUACUUUAGGCCAAAAUAAAUACAAUUUGGUUAAAUAUCUUCUUUUACUAAUAGGCCAUAUUCAACCACAAAAAACUGAUGAUUUAAUAUCAUUUUGAAAAUCCGUGAUCGAGCGAAACGUUAAAAUUCUAAGUGUGAAGUGGUGAAAGAUUACCGUUUGUUUUGUUUUUUUCAAAAUUUUGCACAGUUAAUCUCCAAGAAGUUAAUUUUAAAGAAAAAUAAACGUGUCCCACGCUGUACUUGCAUCGCUGUCGUG